AUGUCUGAAACUUCUUUGCUUUCUGCUGCAAAGCGGGUGCUCUUGAGCCGGCGGCGCCUUCUGAUGUUGGCCUCUUGGCUGGAGGAGCUGAGCACCAUUUCUGGAAUCAGUUCCAGACCCCGUGCCCAUGAGGUGAGCCUCGGCCUGGCGAAGUCCAGCUUCCUGAUUAUCGACGGCUCGAACGCAUUCACGCUGGAGACCGUCUACCACAAGACUCAAGUCCAGGCGGCAGGCCUGAUCACAGCCGUUGCUUUUUCUGGCAUACUCGGUACCGUUGUGGUGUCGAAGCUUGGUUGGGAGCCCCGCGACGUGCUCGUAUUCUAUGGGCCCCUGCUUGUCAUUUCGGCCACCGGCACUCUGCUUGUGGCCUUCUUUGCUUCGGGCAGUUUGGUGGGUUACAUCGUGGCGGUCUGCCUACAGCAUUUCAUUGUCUUUGGGCCCAACAUGGCUCUAUAUGCUGAGUUUCCUCAAGACUUGGCGGAUGUAGCUGGGAUGGCCAGCUGUAUUCAGCUGUCCGGAAGCUGCAUCUUAGCCAGCCUCUUUUCGCUCCCUGGACUUGCAGCAGCCGGAGGAGGCUCGCGCGGAAUGCUGUCAUCCUUGGCGAUCACUGUGAUGCUGUUGCAGCUGUGCAAUACGGCGAAGCUACAGAGGAAGCUGCAUCGCAUGCUUGCUGGGAAGGGACUCUUCACUGCCUUCGGAUGGGUGUCGGCAAUGGUCAGCUCAGAACAGUGCUUAGCUUGCCGUCUUCUGAUGGCAGAGCUCGAGAAGCUGCAGGAGGUAGUGGAUCGACCAGACAAUACCUGUGGCUUCCUUGUGACAGUAUCUCUUUCACGCAGGUGUGAUGUGUCAAAGGAGACUGGGCUUGCAGAUCUUUACAGCGCUUGGCGAACACCGCUAGUGUUACUUUUCCCUGACACGGAGAUCUUGCUGCCCGGGCUACAGGUGACCUUUUCGGGACAGAUGCAGUACUCCUCCCUGAUCAGCUUCGCAAAUGGGGGGCCCUGGACGCCACAGCUCCGCUCAUUUGCGGAUCUUGAGGAGGCCGUGCACGACAGUGGCCGUGCCGGAACUUUUGUGGGUUUCUUCCGAUCACCGGAAGCAGCAGGGCCUCUUCAGGAGCUUUGGCCACUGGACUGCCUGCGACGUUACAACCGUGCAUUUACGUUUGCCAGGUGGGAGAACGACACAGGCACUAACAAAUCUAGAGGGGAGGAGGAGCUCUGGCGCUGGGCUGGACUUGGUACCCGAAAGGCCUUGCGAAUAAAGGAGGUCCAGGAGGGCCAACUGCUGAAGCAGGAGAUCGAACUGGACUCGAACACCGGGUCCGCACAGUUGGCGUCGGGCACCCGUGCACCAAGUACUGGUCGCCUCUUGCAUUUGCACGGCCUGUGGAAGCAAUCGUCUACGUCCGGGCUGACGAGGAUGCCUGUCAAUUCGUCGGCCGCUCGAAACGGGCCCGUUUGGGAUUUUGGUUGUCUGGCCAGAUUUGCACUGUGCUUCAAAGAAGGCGGCUCUUCGUCGUCUACAGCAAGGUUCACGGCCUCAAGCUGGAGGGAACAAGUGGAUGCUUUCUGCGCCUGGUGCGAGCGCCAGGUGCUUGCCCCAGUUGCCGUCUUCGAUGCGCCGCGUGCAGCGGCUCUGGACAGAACCUUUGACUGGCUCUUGCUCCUCUUUGCGCCAAAGGAUGUGACCGAGGAUCAAGAUGGCGAGUCUGAUUUCCAUCGUGAGCGGCGGCGCCUAGAACGCUUCACAUCGGCCGCUUGCGCCAAGGACAAACGCUAUGCAGAGGUUCUACCUGUGAUCGUGCCAUGGGGCGGUGAGGAUAUCUUAUCAUUCCGGGCCUCCUUCGGCCUUGGACUGCAGGACCCUGCUCUACCCCUACCGCGGCAAGGAGAAGGAGGAGAAUCGAGGACGGGUUGCCGAGCUCUGCAGGACGCUACUGACACCGAGGGGUCCGAGCCUGGACGACGGCGACGCCUGGUCCUCUUUGCUACAUCCCUGUUCAACACGCGCACCCGGAGGAAGUACCCUGCCCCUGGUGGUGCAGGUUGGUGCCCUGGCGAUGAGCUGGCACUGUGCCUCUUCACGGAUGCCGUCUUGGAUGGGAAAGUUUCACCGCACGUUCGCUCCACAAAGAGGUUCCCAGAGCCUGAUGCUGCGGCGCCAGGGGUCAAGGAACUCUUUGGCUCCUCUGUGGAGUUGGAAGUGCUCCAGCCAGUGGCACAGCGUCGUGCCGAGGUCUUGAUUCUGUUAUAUGCGCCUUUCUGCAGCUACUCGCAGCACUUCUUCACACUCUGGAAGCAAGUCACGGAUUCGCUGCGCGCGAUGAAAGGACCGUCACCCAAUGCAUCCGCACCAGUGGGGCUCUUAGUCAGGCAACUAUGCUAA